AUGGCACCGCUCAUCGGUACAUUGUCGGACAACUCACGAUCGAAAUGGGGAAGAAGGAGACCAUUCAUGGUCAUUGGAGGCUUGGUUGUCUCCACCCUGCUUUUGGUGCUAGGUAGAGCCGCUGAAAUCGCUACCUACUUUGUUCCCGACUCCGAGAAGGCGAAAUCCUUUGCCGUUGUCCUGGCAGUCGCGACCAUUUACGUUCUCGACUUCGCAAUCAAUGUAGUCCAGUCCUGUUGCCGAAGCCUCAUCGUGGAUACCUUGCCGAUUGCGAAACAACAGAUAGGCUCAGCGUGGGCCAGUCGCAUGAUUUCAAUAGGCAAUAUUGUGACUUACGCAGUUGGAACCAUCGAUCUAGUCAGCAUUCUUGGGCCAACUUUCGGAGACACCCAGUUCAAGCAUUUGACUAUCAUUGCGGCUGCUUUCUUCACGUUUUCCGUGUGCUUGACCUCCUGGGCUGUUGAGGAGCGUGUACUUGUAUCUUCACGGGAAAGUGAUGGCUCGUCAUCGGUCUUCAAGACCUUUUCGACUAUAGUUCGGAAAACUCGGCACCUUCCCAAACGCAUUCAAGCGAUCUGUUGGGUUCAGUUCUGGGCUUGGAUAGGCUGGUUCCCCUUCAUGUUCUAUUCAACGACAUGGGUUGGUGAGGUCUAUUUCCGUUUCCACCCCGAAGCAAGCACAAAAGACUCCAAAGACGCCGUCGGCGAUGUAGGCCGUGUGGGCACUCUUGCACUUGUCAUAUUUUCUCUCAUCACUUUUACCGCCUCUGUUGUACUUCCCUCAAUCGUCCGAUCUCCUGAAGAGAUGACCGAAAAGCGCUCAUUCACCCCUCGACCACAUCCCGCACUCACCCGAGUUCUCAGCCCAUUCGCAGGCCUCACAGGCAAGAGUAAGCCAGAUCUCCUCAGCGCAUGGCAAGCGGGCCAUAUCAUCUUCGCUGGAGCCAUGUGUCUCGCUCCGUUUGUCACCUCCUUCCGCAUGGCCACUAUAAUCGUUUCGAUCUGCGGUAUCCCCUGGAUGAUUGCGGGCUGGGCACCUUACGCCUUCAUGGGCGUCGAGAUAAACCGCAUGACCGCCCCCAACAAAGCGCUCGAAAACGGGCUGUCUCACCGCCGCCGCUCUGGCUCGGAAUCUCCUCCUCAGCUCCUUCGCCUGAAUCAUCUCGAUAGGGACAUCGAAGAGGAAAAGGACACGUUGUUGAGUCCAGAAUCGGGCGACAAUGACUCUACAACGGGCGAGACGGCAGGAAUAUAUCUUGGCAUCCUCAAUAUAUUUUCGACGGUCCCCCAGCUCAUCGGUAGUUUCAUAUCCAUGGUGGUUUUCUCGAUCCUUGAGCCUGGCAUUAGUCCCGAAUUGAACGAAGGCAGCACGCCGAAGGAUAUCGAGAAAGCGAAAGACCGACCGAAUGGAAUCGCGGUUUGCCUGUUCAUUGGGGCUUUGAGCGCGUUAGGGGCUGCUUACGCUACUACGAGGAUGAGAGCUCUGUGGAGGAAUUAA